CUGCCCCCAAUGGGAGGAGCAUGACUCCAGUGGCCCCGCCCCAAUGAGAAGGGGUGUGACCCCCAGUGGCCCCGCCCCCAUAAAGUGUUUAAUCCCCAGUGGCCCCACCCACCACUGACCCUUUCUCCUGACUCUCCCCAGUGGCCUGUCUGCCCCUGCAGCCCUAGCCCCAGCCCCAUGGGGCUGCCCCGAGCUCUCCUCCUCAUGCUCUGCCUCUACCCUGCCCCCCAGGGCCUGGCUCCCCCAGACCCAGGGCUGCUGGCCCAGGGCCGUGCCCGGCUGCGGGAGGCCCAGACGCUGGCCCAGCACCCGCAGCUGGGGGCCUGCUGGGCGGGGGCCCUGGGCAGGCUGGACGGGGGCUGCCAGCAGCUGGGAGAGGAGCAGCAAAGCCGCAUCGCCCUGGCCUUCGCCCACUGCCACCUGCAGAGGUCGGGCCGGCCCUUCCCUCGCUGCGAGGCCGGCAGCUCCGUCCGGGCCUGCACCCAGCACAUGGACCCUGUGGCCUUCGGGGUCUACACUGAAUUCUUCACCCAUGCCCACAGCAUCUGCUACCUCCUUCGCAGCGAGGCCUGGCAGCAGCAAGCUGAGAGCACCGUGCACAGGCUGGUAGCCAGUUCGGAGAGCGUAGCUGAGCGGCUGGAAGAGACCAACCAGCUGGCAGAGCAGUCAGCGCGGGCACAAGAGGCCACCCUGCGAUCCCAGGAAGAGAUCCUCCGCCAUGGGGAGCUGCUGAGACAGACACUGCAGGACUCCUCCAGGGGUAACCCCAGCCCCUGGAAGCCAAGAUGCCUGGGGUCUCUCCCCAGCUCUGGGAGGGGAGUGGGGUCUAGUGAUUAG